AGUUGGGCGAACUAUUAGCGCCAGACACUGUCGACUCGACACCAACGUCUUGCAGUUAACGCACCGUGCUCGACUGUCAGAAUCUUUUCGCAUAGAACACAACGUUCCUUAAUUCUUUUUCCCCCUUUAUUUUUUUCAGAUUACUCUGUAAUCAGUUCUGAUUAGGGGGAAACAGGUUCCGUUCAACAGAGGACGAUCUGAAAAAUCAUUUACAGACAUUCCCUGGAUAUAUCGAAAGUGAUCUGAGAAAAACUUGUCUCAAAAUACAUUAAUGGUUAUUUAGCAAACUAACUUCUGCGAGUGUUUCGCGAACGUUCUGUGGCCCAGAUACAGGGUUUCUUAGCAGUUUCUGGAUUCUGAUUGCAAACACAGCAAGCGGUGUUUCGGGGGAAAAUAAAACAACAGCAACUAUGGUCUCCUCCGUAGUUCUGACCUGCUCCCUGCUGCUUAUCGCCCUUGGAAUGUCUGCAGCCAGAGUUGCACCCACCUCAUGCCGAAGCAACAUGUUCAUGUGCCCUAACGCGGGUCCCUGCAUACCAAGGGCGUGGGUGUGUGACUUCGACGAAGAUUGUCCAGAUGCUGCAGAUGAGAGGAAUUGUUCAGACCAUCAGUGCCCGAUUGGCGACUUCAUGUGCGCUAGUGAUGGUGACUGCAUCCCAGAGAACUGGCGCUGUGACGAGGAAAUGGACUGCGAAGACGGCACCGACGAGAGGAAUUGUGAAACUUACGUCAGACCUCAAGAGAACGAGGACAACCCCAACGGGCAGGUGCCUGUACAUCACUCCAACAGCCACCGCGGAUUCCAUGAGCACCGGCGGCUGCACAGCGAUGACGCCCUGCCGCGUCAGUAGGCUGUUUGGUGGUGCGGUUAGCAAGGAUUGGUCAUGAGCCUGCUGUGGCACUCAAGUGCGGAUGUCGCACGUGCAGACGUUAGUCUCUUCCGUUUUUGUAACUACAUACUUUAGUCGCAUCAGAAUCUUUAAGUUCUAGUCAGCGGUGAUUAAGCGUUACUGAUGAUGUUUGCGUGAAAAUGUGUUCUCUCGUAUGUGUAAAGGAACUGCUGCUCCAUUCAGUGCUUGACAAAAACUUCCAGCUUUCGGUAGCCAGGAUCUAGGUAACGUGUACAUUAAAGAGAUUUAUAAAUGUAAAAAAAAACGCCUGCAUCGUUUAUUAUACUGAUACGCAUUACUUGAAUCAAUGUUUACCAAUAAACCCUACUGGAAACAUUA